UGCCAGCUGUGCGAAUUUGCGACAGACAGACAGCUAGCUAUACGUUUAAUAAAGACAAGCUGUCGGCUAAAACAUCAAGUAAUCUGAAAAACGAUGUCACCACAAUAAGCAGCACAGUUGCUGCUUUUGAUUGGUCCAUUAUUAUGCCAUUAAAAUAUGCUGUCAUUCCAGUUUUUUUUUUUUAGCAAAUCACUUUUGAAAGUGAUGUUGCUGACAACCAAUCAGAGAAGGAGGCGGUUCGUUCCUUGGCCGUAACUGAGGUGAUGAUAUUAGUAACGGUAUUAAUAAUAAUAAAAAACAACUCGCAAAUCAAAAAUGUCUGGUCUCGGAGGUAGUAAACGAACUCGUCAAGAGACUUUGAUACAAUAUUUUGGCAAUAGUAGUAAAAAACAGAAGAUCGUUUGUUGUACGGCAGAAGCAGAACCUACAGUGGAACCAGAACCUACAGCAGUUGAAGAAAAAAACGCGGAGAAACAGCCAUGGCCAAACAUCUGGAGUUCUGAGGUAUGGGAAGAAAAGAAACAACUUUACACUUUCCUUGACUGUGCGGAUGGUAAUCUGGGCUGUCGUGUUUGUAGACGUGUUUCUGCGCUGUCAGUUUUGAAAAGUCAGGGUGUUUCUCUGUCUUCUGAGUGGAAAAAUUACAGUGUUGGGUACAAUGGAAAAACUCGAGAGCAACAGCUACGAUCUUUGAGAAAAAAGAUAGCUGAACACAAGAAAUCCAGCGCUCAUAACAAGGCCACUGCAUUGUUACAGCAGAACACAGAGGACAUUAUUGGGAAAUGUGUUGACAGUGCAAAAAGGCGAGAUCACGAAACUACCUGUAAAAUAUUUUCUACUGCUUACUACCUUGCAAAACAAAAUCGACCCUAUUCUGAUCACCAGGCCUUACUGGAACUGCAAGAAAUACAUGGUGUUAAUGUGGGAACUGGUCUUCAUUCCAGAUACAGCGCCACUCAAAUUAUCAACCACGUUUCUGAUGAAAUGGUCAAAAAGGCCUGUGAGAGAAUAAUACACAUCGAUGGAAAAAUUGCUGUGUUAAUUGAUGAAUCAACAGCUCUGAAUGGUUCCCCAGCACUUAUUGUGCAUCUCAAAUGCGAGACAGACAAGACACGUGACCCUCACUUCAUGUUUUUGGAGUUAGUUGAACUUUUUGAUCAGUCAGCUGAGUCCAUAGUGUUAGCGCUUACUAAGUGUCUUCAAAAACACGGGUUUGACCAUGCAUACUUACAGAAGAAUCUUGUUGCAUUUGCAAGUGACGGUGCAAGUGUAAUGCUUGGGAAAAAAUCUGGUGUGGCAAAACGAAUUUCAGACAUGUACCCCAACAUUGUUGUCUGGCACUGUCUAAAUCACAGACUCGAACUUGCAGUUGCCGAUAGUGUUUCUGAGACUACUGGCAUGAACCAUUUUCAUUCUUUCAUGGACAAGCUAUACUCAGUCUACAGUAGAUCAGCACUAAAUCAGCAAGAACUCCGAAAUUGUGCGAAGGAACUGGAUGCUGUCUUGAGGAAAAUUGGUCGUGUACUGGAUGUGAGAUGGGUUUCCAGUUCGUUCAGGACUGUCUCCGCUGUGUGGGAAAGUUUUGAAGUUCUGUCGACUCAUUUUAAAGCUGCCGUAAGCUCUAAGCGGACUUCUGCUGAAAGAGCGACAUACAGCGGUCUACUGAAAAGGCUGUGCUCGCCAGAAUUUCUCAUUGACCUCGGAGUUAUGUACGAUGCCUUAUACGAACUUUCACUGCUGUCAGAGAUUCUCCAGAAACGGACUACUACAUUGGUUUAUGCAGAUAAAAUGGCACGUAGAACAGUAAGGAUUUUUGCAUCCAUGAAUGAGAAUGUAGGUACAAAUACUCUUGAAGCGCAGAUAGCUGCCAUGGAAGGAACAUUUAAAUCUACAGUGCUGACGUCGAAUCCCAAACAUGUAAAAAUAAAUCAUAAACAAUUCCUUACCAAACUCGCCAAUCAUAUGAAAGAACGACUUUUUACAACCACUGCAUCAAAUGAGAAGGCUUCUUCCGAGGUGAAUUGCCAAAAAUAUGAAAGUCUUCUUUCUGAGCUCUUGGUCCUGGAUCCACACCACUGGCCUGCAGAACUACCCCAGGGUUAUGGCGAAAAUGAAGUUGAAAGAUUGUGUCGGCGCUUUCAGCUAAAUGAACGUAUUAUCAAAAAUGCAUUUCGAGAUUUUAAGGAGAACAACGGAAGAAUUCCAGAUGAUUUAGCUCCACUUAUUAACUGCACACGUGUGAUCCCGUGCAGUACUGCUGAAUGUGAAAGGGGAUUCAGCCAAAUGAACUUAAUUAUAACUGAUCAGCGUUCCAAAAUUUUAAUCAAACAUGCUUCAGCCUUAAUGUUUAUCAAGCUUCAUGGACCCCCUUUGAGACAGUGGAAUCCAAGCCCUUAUGUGACCACUUGGUUGCGACACAAUCAUCGAUCCGCAGAUGACAGCCGUACACGGGUGGCAGCUCCAAUUUCCAGCGACUCCCCUGACGCUCUGUGGCAGUUCCUAUAGUUGACUAAAAACAACCUGUGAUUGGUAAGUGCAACUUUUAAUUUUCUAUAGAGAGGGGAGAUUUUACAGAAAUUUGUUAAGUAAAAUAUGUGUUAUAUUAUUAUUAAAAAAAACCCCGAUUAAAUCGCGUUAAAUGGAAAGUGGGCGUAACUGUUAAUACCUCGUUAACUAUUUAAUUGAUUCUCAUUGGGACCGCUACGCUACUUUUUUUUUUACCACUACACCACUGGCUAUCAGGAACACACCUGAAGCCAUGUCUCCGGGUUAAACCACCCAACCCACCCGAGCGAGAACCCAUCGGGGUCCGCAAGUCUAUCAACUUGUUAUAUAAAUAAAUAAACAAACAACCAAAUAAAUAAAUAAAUAUAUAUAUAUAUAAUAUAGAAAAAAAGAAUGCAGUGAGAGCCGACUAGCAACAACUCCCACACGCUCCCAAACUCCCACGCCCCUCCCACAACCCGAGAGAGAGAGAGAGAGAGCGCUCUGCAGGAAGUGCACUGGACUGUGCAGAGCUGUCAUACACAGCAUACCAAUCACACAACUAUGCUGGCUCUUCAGUUUUAUUCAUUACAAAUUAUAGGCUUUAAAUACUUUUUCCCCACUGUGGCAAAGUGGUUAACUGUGUGCAGGUGCAGGAACAAGUCCACAGUGCGUGCUAAAGUGCUUGUGGUGUAAUUACAGGUCUUUGUGAAACAAAGUGCAGUGAUGUCCGGGUAAGUUCUGGCCUUUGGCGAAUUGCUUAGACAAGACAGAACAAAACAAACAAACACUCAAGGUUAUUUUACUUUCAUCCUUCAGCGUUUCUCUAAACCAUAAACAAAGGAACAGAUAAUGUUGCUCGGGAUAAUAAGCAGUAAGACAAUGGAUUUUCAGACUUGGUUAGCUCUCCUUUAAAGGCUGGGCAGUAACAAUUUAAAGCCAGUAAGAGGUAAGGGAAUGGAUUUGAUGAAGCCUUGUUUAGCGCUGCUUUAAGAUGAACUUGAUUUUAAAGCAUUGUUAAUAAGAGCCUACUAUCUGAUGCUCUGCUAGUAAAAUGGUCAGAUCAGAUGUUCACUUCUCCUGUGUUUUGUUUGUCUUCAC